AUGUCUACCAAAACCAAGACUUCUGACGCUUCAAAGCUCACUUACAAGGACAUGAUCAAGACUGCCAUUGUCACCCUUAAGGAAAGAAAUGGUUCUUCCCGUCAAGCUUUAAAGAAAUACGUUCAAUCCAACUAUGACAUUAAAGCUGCAAACUUCGACUCUCUCUUCAACACUGCCUUAAGAAAGGGUGUUGAAGUCGGUGAUUUCUUGCAACCAAAGGGUCCAUCUGGUCCAGUUAAGGUUGCCAAGAAGGAAAAGGCUGCUCCAAAGGUCGCUAAGGUCACCAAGCCAAAGGUUGCAAAGCCAAAGGCUGCCAAGGUCACCAAGCCAAAGGUCGCUAAGGCUCCUAAGAAGGAAGCUACCAAGAAGACUACUACCAAGAAGGCUGCUCCAAAGAAGGACGCCAAGAAGGCCGCCCCAAAGAAGGAAACUAAGAAGGCUGCCCCAAAGAAGGUGACCAAGAAGACUGAAAAGAAGGCAAAGAAAUAA